AUUAGUGAAAGAAGGACCAAGGAGGAUCCUAUCCGUCAGGAGAAGCAGGAGUAGGAGGAGUCAGUUUUCUUUGAAGAUCGAGGAAGGUAGUGUCGGACAAUUAUGCCAUUCGGAAGAAGUCUUCUACAGAAGAAAAGCCUGUUACGAGUAAGUGGAGAGGAAAGAUCUCCAGAGAUUCUUAUCUCAUUCCAUUCCAGUGGCUCAACCAGUAACCAAUGGCGAAAACUCAAAAAUCCAUGGUUUCCCGGUAGAACCCUAUUUCGCCCAAGUUGUUUCGGAACCGGAAAAAAGAAGCGGUUUUUCGCACAGCUUGCUCAUAGUGCAGGUCCCACUUGUAUAUCGUAUUUGGCCGAAGAAGCAUCGGACAGGUUGGAGUUCUUACCUUCUUGGGACUCCAUGGACCAAGAUCUGCUUUUAUUAUAUGGUCAAUACCGAUCUACUUUAGUAGAUCAUAUGGAUGUAGAAAAAGCAACUAAUUUGGAUGAAAUAGAAACAUCUCUUUUCCAUUUCUAUUUACCCAGUUCAUAUCUUUGUUUCGUGUGUUCCUGGGAGGAAUUCGAUCUCGGAAUACCACCUAAAUAACUACGGCCAAAGAGUCAAAUAGGUCGGGAAGAAAGAGUCUGAGGUCGGGUCGGACGACAUACAUCUUGGUUGGUUCCACCACCACUAGAGAUUGGACAUAUAUAUAAUCUUUCUUCUAAAAAAGGGAUUCUUAUAUAUAUAUUUUGAAAAUAGCUGCAAGACCAAAACCGAAAGCCCUUCUUUUAUUGUUGUUCCUCCCAGAUACAUGGCUUACAUACCCGGCUCAACAUUCUUGGAAAACAAUCGAAUCGAGGGUUUGGAGGAGAAUUGGCCAUUCAAUCUUGUGAACUAAUCGAGACCAAAAUUGGAAAAAGAGAUACGAACGGAGAGGAAUAACCAAUCGAUGAAAGAACAUGAAACCAUUCUGUUUCAAUAGAGGUACGAGAAACGGUUGGGGGCAAUGAAGUAGGUGAAGUGGUUGGAUUUUGCGAGCUGUUCCAACCACUGCUGGAUGUGAUUCCAAGAGCCGAACGAGAAUGAAUACCACACAGAAGAGUCAAGACCAGGCUACCUAAUGGAAUGUUUAACCGAUCCAUUCCGGAUCGACCGAAUUGGUACGGAAGUUGUAACAUGGGAAAACCACGGAAAACACGACUUAUUUGAAUAACCCGGUGACCUACCAAUUGUAGAAGUAGGAUUUUUGGCAAGCAAUAAGCACUUAAAUAAUACAAUUCAAGUGUACCAUCUUCUUUCUCAUUUCGAGGAAAAGGUGCGGAAGGAAAAGGAAACAACGGAGGGAUCCGAAUCGGACCUAAAUGGGAAUGACAUGAAAAGUCUUUUUCAAAACCUAGCAUUAAGGGCGUUACGACGAUAUACGAGAGGAAUAGAGAAAAACUCGUGAUUGGUGUGGAGGGGAAGAUCUGUUUAUGAUAUAGUUCAAGAAAGAGUCGUCUCAUUUCCUUACUUCUUUAUAAUUCAUUCACUUCAAGACUGGUUCUGAACGCCGCGUAACAUCAUCUUCAACCAACCUCCACCGUACUUUCGGUGCGACCACUAAAGAAUUGCUUAUACACUAAAGAGCUGCUUAUAUACGUUUACUAAAAGACUGACUUUCAUUCAUUAUCAUUAGUCCAGCGUGAAACUAAGAAAGAGAGAUGUGCCUAAGGCGGCAUGUAAGAAAAUUGUGCACGCUAAGAGAAGAGGAGAGAUGUUCGCAAUUACUACCACAAGAAAGCCGCCCCCUAUCUUCUAAAGGGGCCCCUCACUUCGUUCGUACCUUCUUGGCUUAGGCUUCCAACUGAACAACAUGGCCUUGCCGCCCCGCCACUAGCAGAAGCUAAGCGCUUGAAAAGCGCGCUAAGAAAGGUUCCUUCUGUCGCCCUUUCUGUGCAACAGUCCACCAGUAGCGGAAGAGAGGGUUACCGUACAUACAAGAGUCUUCCAGUUCUUACGGAAGCUCUUUCUUACCAGUUAAUCAAGUAGUACAAGAACUGUAUCUUAUCUUAUAGCCCGGCGCGGCGGGUCGCCUUUGAAAUGUUUGUUGUAGAUAGAAGAAAGUAUUAAAUAGAUAAGGAGUAGAUGAGUGAGUGAGUCCUCACCUGAGCGAUUUCGAUCACCUAGCAGGCCUUUUAUUUGGUAGGUAACAUCGCCAAAGCGUAUCAUCAGAUUUGACUACGAAGGAAGGAACUCGAAGUGAAAGGGCACCGUCUUGUGCAAGGCAACGAUAGUUGGCCCUCUAUCAUCUUCUAUCUGGUAGACUUGGUAAAAGGGCCCCGACUUAUUUCUAGAAUUUGAGUUCGACCGCGGCUUCCCCCUUUUUUUGGGGGGGAUCAAGUUCCUUGCCAACUGCCACCUAUCGACCCCGAUCUCUUUUCAUUUGUUUUGGAUAUUACCAAACCUAGCCUAGCCUUCGUAAAUCACACUAAAGCGGACACCCAACUAUGGAAAAGCCUCCAACAGGGUGGGUUAGGUUAGUCAAUCCGGCCCGAGACGCGUUCGUUGACAAAACCGCCGUAGGAAUUCCUACUUUUCAAUAGAGCGGAGGAGAACUGAUCAACGAGAAAGAGGCCCUACUCACUACAAACGAAUACACCACAAGAUUGAACUGCACUCAUGCCUCUCCCGCAUCAAGUUGACCGCCCCCCCUACGUAGUGAUUCUAUCAAUCAUGUACGUAGGUAGGACCCUCCAUUCUGAUUGGUAUAUCAUGAAAAAAGAAAGCCAUUUGCACCAGGCGCACUGCGCUUUCCCUUGCCCAGAUGUUCGCCUUUCUAAGUCAAGUAAUGGUGACCCACCGAAGACUGGAGCUUCGUAACAUGUUGACGAAGGCCCCCGAACUGAGGGUUCAGUCAGUAGAAGGGACGACUUUGUCUCCCCGGAAGAAGAAUAGCCCCGCUCUCUAGCCGACUGAUCCCGUUGAUCAUAUAACUGGGAGGGAACGUGUCACAUUAGAGGUGAACGAUCAGAGGUGUCCUCUAAUCACCACGACGAGGCUGGUCCCUCUUUUAGUAGACUCAGCUAUGAAUAUUCAUUCAGAAAUGAAUGCCGGGCUCUUUCUUUCACGCUAACCCCAUUUUCAACAUGCUGAAACUUUCUGUUUCGUCGAGCCCCGAGCUUGUGGUCCUCCUUUGAGUGUGGGUUCAAUUGAAUGAAUCUGUCAAGUCAAGGAAAACGUACGUAGCAGCAAGGAUGGUGCAUCGCCUAUUUAUCGUUCUCGCUCGGGAGCCAAAACGAACACGCCUGCUACCUACUGUACUGGACCUUCGACCAGGCAUUCUACCUUUGUCGAAUCGGAACCAACACCACUGCAUUGCGCUCGAACAGUUGAGCGGCCGCCGGCCAGCAACUUUCGUGCACAGAUAUAGAUUCAUUCCUCGUACCUGGUCCAGCCUCACAACCCUUCGCGGGUUGGUAAGAAGUCAGUCUUGUUUGGUAAGACGGAAUUGGACAAAGAAAAGAGAGUGCUCGACCGGAACAACGGCCAACAACGUAAUUACAUAGAUAACUGCUCCUCCCCUUCUCCUUAAGGCUUUAAGGCGAACCGUAUGGCGGCUGGAAAGAAAGACGACCUCACCUUCUCUGGUGUCAGUGAGAGCAAUUUGAGUAUCCCCCGUUGACCUUCUUUUGUAGAUAGAAUCUUCAAUGAGUGGAAAGAAGCAACCUUACUAAGAAAGGUGCUUGUUGAGUAAGGCCGGCUUUCGAGCCCAAGCCCCUUGUAUAGGUUGGGCGCUUGAGCGCAUCUUUCUCAUAUCGAUCAAGGCUUUCCUUGAGUUUGAAAUAAGGGGCAAGAAGCAAGGGCGUAGCAGCUGCGCGAAAGCCCUUGCGCCUUAGCGCAUCCCUUUUCUUGCAGGAGUGCUAACGCGCGACCUUACGUUUUCUUCCGCUUGCUCUGCAGUACGAGCCUCAUACAGAGCCGCGCUCCUUUAAUAUGAUGAGAAGAAGGGGGGCCGGCCUCUUUUCCGUACCAAUCCUUAUUUACUACUACAUCUUUUUUUGGGUGUAUAGCUCAGUUGGUAGAGCAUUGGGCUUUUAACCUAAUGGUCGCAGGUUCAAGUCCUGCUAUACCCAAACCUACCUUACACUCUACUAUGAAUAAGGAUGCAUAGUAGCCUUCAAAGAUGACUCUUUGGCCUUUCGACUCGCUUCGGCGACUUCGCCCUUUAAGUGACAAGGGGGUGAGCCGCUCCAAGCGGAAAGCGAUAGUGAAUCCCGAACUUGCCCACGCUCAUCCAAACCGGCCUCAAAAAGCGAUCGGAAAGCGAAGCCCUUCCUUCCAAUCCAAUAUUCUAAAGAUAGUAAGUGUGACCUGUGUGGUUUCUGAGCAGCAGCUUUCAAUCGUUCCCAACGCUUAGAUUGAGUAGAAUGUAAGCGCGACCGAACUCUGAAUCCUGCCCCUCCCAGCCUUUGAAGCAUCGAUAUAGAAAUCGAAUAUCUUGCUGACAAUUGGAAAAGACCCACAGUCGUUCGACAAGCAGUUAAUGCCCUAAGAGAAAUUGGCGAUAAGUCUAUUUGCAUAUCCUUAGUCCAAAAUCUCUUAGCAAACUCGAUGGUUCCGUUCUCGGAUAUUAUCGAUUUUGCUACCGAGAUUGUUACCCCAAGUUUGUCCAGCAGACUACUAUACUGCUCGACCACUCUCUGUUCUUAAGUAAGGGUUCCCAUCUCUAAAAAAAAAGAAUAUGUUAAUCGUUACCGAUACCAGGCAGAGUUGCUUUUCCUUGCUCCAGAGGAGAUUGGUAUUGGUAGAGUCGCAUUCAACCCCGUCUUUUUGCCCUUUGGCUGGUAAUCACAUCGGCCAUAAGGUGGUCUAUCACCUCGGUUGGGGAGAAAAGCUUUUUUGUUGUUAUUCUUCAUCAUAAGCUAAUUCCUUUGCCCUCUAGUAGCAACAUGCAACGCUUUCAAGAGUAAGUUUUCGGAAGAAAGACGGUCGUGUGCGAGUCGGCUGGGAAAACACAAGCUUAACACGUCUUUCUUUAUCUUUUUCAUAUCUGAAUGUCUUUGUCGAGUUGGUUGGCAUCAUUCGCUCCUUUCUGUCUUUUCAUUGUCCGCCUCCGCCCGAACAGAUACGCACUAACCCACCUGAAAUAAGGUAAAAGCCUUCUUUCCAACCCUUUGUACGAGACUCCUUUCUUCGUACAAAUGCUCGUAGGCGAAAGAGACCUUCCUUUGCUCCUGUCGGCGGGAUCAGCCAGUGUCCCCGUGUGUAAGGCCCUUUCCUGAAAGAGGUCGAAUAGUUCCUGUCCCAUUCAUACUACUGUUGGCUUCUGUGCUAUGUCUAGCGGCUGGUGAAUCCUACCCAGUAUCGGAAUUGGAUUUGAUAUUUCCUCGGUUUACGAGAAGGGUUUUAAUGGCGACCGGACUCCUCUUCUCUGGAAGUCUAAUGGUUUGGGGGACGUCGAUUCCCUGGAUUUUCUGGCUUCCCUUUCCCUUCAACCAGCCACUCUUUUAGUUCCCAAAAUAUAUAUAAUCCAGAAUCCUUUUAAGCGCCUUAUCACGAAAGUGACCAAGCAAGCAGAUGAUGAUGGUUCAGCCGGUAAGCUAACAAGCAACCGAAAUGAAGGAAGAGGAGACCCUUCUAUUAUAAGUUGAAAGCGAAGUCGAUAGUCCUCGUAUUGGUAAUUAUUAUACGCUAAAAAAUCUAUAUAAGAUAUAGAAGGCAAAAUAUGAGAAAAUGAAAUAAAUAAAGAAAAAGAAGAAGGCCCUCUCCUUACAGUGGCUGAACGCUCCUCUACAACUACCUUUCGCCCAACAUGAUCACGAACGAAGACAGAGAAUUGCGUAGAUAGGAGGACGAAACGAACCAACCCACUUGUCCUGAUCGGAAGAAGAAAGAAAGAGAAUGGUGGCUCCUUUCCAACCAGUCAAGUGGCCCAAGGGCCAUCUUUUGCCCAGGGGACAUCGUCGGAGAACAAUGUCGGGGACAGGGUGAGAACCUUCCGUUGGUUACGCCCUUUAAGUGUCGGUUCUUCCAUAUUUAGAUAUGGAGAUAGAUCCAUAUAGAGAUCUAUAUCUUUCUAUCGAUAAAUAGAUCUAUUGAGAAAUGGAUAUUGAUCUGGUUUCAAGAUCUAUGAACAAGAGAGAUCCCUAAAUAUCCAUUUGAGAAAAUAGAUGAAUAGAUAGGGCGAAGCCAGCUGAAGGAAGGUCGCGUUAGCGCCCCCUAUUUCACUAAAGCAAGAAGGGAGAAAGUUGACUUUGAGAAAGAAGGGCUUCUAUUUAGAUUAGUUUCUUAGUAAAAGAUAAGGCAAGAAGCAAGGGCGUAGCAGCUGCGCGAAAGCCGUUGCGCCUUAGCGCACCCCUUUUCUUGCUCGUUAGCGCCCCCCUACCCCUAUUAUUUAUAUUAUAGUCAUAAAGGAACUAAAGGAAAUUUGACAACCUUACUAAUAGAAAGGGGAUGCGCUCAAGCAUGCGAAGAAAGCUCGAAGAGCUUCUCUUAUAUUAUAGAAAGGUUUGUAGAAAGGGGAUUCUUCAAAUAUCCCAUGUUGUAGGGGCUUCAAAGAAAGCUUGUAGUUUAGGGGUGCGCAGGUUUGGAACCCUAUACAAGGGGCUAGCGCGCAAUGGCUUUCUCUGAUAGAGGCUCGCUUCUUCAAGUUCAAGUUCCGCUUGCUGCUUUUCAUUUUGAUAGGAGUAGGUGCUUGCAGCUCGCUCGCUGUCUACUAAAUGAGCCUUCACUGCCCGCCCGGCCCCUAUCUUUAAUCUUAAGUAAAGUGAAGUCAAAUCAAUGAAGUGAACAGCCCAACCUCUUUGUUUGAAGCUUUGUUUCCCCUAAUUCCGAAACACAACAAUAGACUUGCCACUAUAGUGACGGAAAAAGCUUCUCUUUGAUAAGCGGUUAUAGGGGAGUUCAGAAAGGAUCUGAUCGUAGAUAGAGACUUCAACCUGUGCGGGGGUAGG